CGUAGACAACAAUCUUCAUCUGGUCGACAGGACAUCAUGAAAACUGUAGCUCAGCAGAUAUUCCGGACCUGCAACAAACUUUUCUCUAGCUGGUAACCUGAGCAUGUUUGGGAUAAUUGCUGUUUUACUGCAAGAAUGACCUUUUGUAGAAAAACACCAAAUGAUGUUGUGGAAGCCCAUCCAUCCAACAUAGAAACAGCAGCACAACUGGAAAACAUCCAACAUUUUCCCAGUCCUUCCUGUCCUCCCAGUGUGGAGGCUGUGAGAGAGGGUGCUGUCCACCAUGUGGCAGUGGUGAUAGAGAGGGCCCACCAUGGUGGUGGAUGGCUCCUGUCUGGCAUAAUCUGCAUCAACAUCCUGAUCCUGGGCUGUGCUCUGGUCAGCGCCAGUGCCUCCAACAGCGUGGCCAUUACUGCCGUGCACCAGCAAAUCUUCCUCAUCAUUCUCAUCCUCCUCACAAUGUUGUGGAUGCUGUUUUACACAGUCGUCACCUCUCGAAAGGAUCAAGAAGUCUUGUUCAAAGACAGUCAUGCAGGGCCUGUGUGGCUCAGAGUUGGACUUGUGCUGUUUGGCCUGCUCAGUCUGCUCAUGGAUAUCUUCAAGAUUGCCAACUAUGUGGGCUACCUUCACUGCGACUCAGCUGUUAAAGUUGCUUUCCCUGUGGUGCAAGCUGUAUUUUUGGUUGUCCAGACAUACUUCCUGUGGAUUCAUGCAAAGGACUGUGUGCAGCUACACACAAAUUUCACACGGUGUGGGCUUACCCUUACACUCUCAACUAACUUGGUGGUGUGGAUGGCAGCAGUGACUGAAGAAUCAAUUCACCAAACUGAGAUCCCUGAUUUAAAUUUCACUGUCUCACACAAGAUGUACAGAGCUAGCUUUGGUGAUAAGAAGUGUAAAUGCAGCCACUCGGUGUGUGACACCUUCAAAGACGCCUACUACUACCUGUACCCCUUCAACAUAGAAUACAGCCUCUUUGCUUCUGCCAUGGCCUACAUCAUGUGGAAAAAUGUGGGUCGACUUGUGGAGGAUCACAGUCACCACAACGUUGAGUUCCGUCCAAAGGAUGUGUGUUUAGGACCCUUAAUGGGAAUACUUCUGGUGGUGACAGGAAUUGUUACAUUUAUAGUGUAUGAGGUGGCAAUACUAGAAGAGGAGGAGAAGAAGAGAAACAUGGCCUUGCUGAUUCAUUUUACCAUGAAUAUAGUGAUAGUGAGCCUGAUGUCCCUCUCCGCUAUGAUCGGCUGCAUUUUCUACAGGCUGGACCGCAGGGAGCAUGUAUCAGAGAAAAACCCCACUCGAAGUUUGGAUAUGGGGCUCCUGGUUGGAGCCUCGAUGGGACAGUUCAUCAUCAGCUAUUUCACUAUUGUGGCUGAGGUGGCGACGGGAGCCAGAGGCUACCUGAACGCCCUCAACCUGGCCUGGGCUGUGCUGACGGUGCUUCAGCUCGGCCUUCAGAACUACUUCAUCAUUGAAGGCCUGCAUCGGGAGCCCUUCCAUGUGAUGCAGGAAGCAGCUCUGCACACCAAUGCUCACGCCUUCCAAGAACAUGUAGAGAUGAGCAUUGUGAUGGAGACCAAUAAGUCUAGCUACUUCCCAACUUUAAGUUUUGUUAAGCCAAGUUGGAAGAGAAGAGUUCUGAAGGAAGUCUGUGCUUUUUUGCUGCUUUCUAACAUCAUUCUGUGGAUCAUGCCUGCAUUUGGUGCUCGUCCCCAGUUUGAUCAUCCCACGGAGAUGCAAUUCUACAAAUUCACAAUGUGGGCCGCUAUUGUGAAUAUUGGACUUCCUUUUGGAAUCUUCUACCGCAUGCACUCAGUUGCUAGUCUGUUUGAGGUGUACUUAAUCUCUUAGCUGAAUCUAUUUUUGAGUAUCGAGAGCACUUUUGUGAUAGCCUGUUUUAUGUAAUAAAUGUUUAAGUUUAAUUUCAUAUAUAAAUAAAUUUUAACUUAAAAAAAAAAAAAAUCAUGAUGCAUUAGUUAUUAGCUUCCCAAACAUUUAAAUUCCCACAUACAAAUUUAUAUUUAUAAAAGGUUUAAUAAUGUGCUGCAGUCUGAACAUAUUACAGGCGAUUCCAUUUACUUGUAUAGUUAUUGAUGAGCGCCAUAGUCUGGGGUUUGUUCAUCUGAUUAUGUUCUGUUAUUGAACUUUAUAAACAGCAACAGUUGUGGCCUUAGAGCAGUGGUUCCCAAUAUUUUAAAACAAAGCAAAAUGCUUGUGACCCCUUGUCAAAGGUUUUAACAAGGUAUUCAGUGUUGUUGUUGUCCCCCCUUAUCUAAAAUCAUGAAGUUGUACUAUUUAUAGAUGUAUUUGUAGACCAUCCCCUCAAUAUUUAGGCUAUGUAUUCCUGCAAAGAGAUUUGAGAAAGUGUCAACUGGCUUUUAAUUGUCAGUGUAAAUGUGAGUGGAGCACUCUAGUGGUCAUGGUGUAAAGUGCAGCUUUCAUUUCACAGCAUUUUUGUGGCUAAAUUCCACAGAUGAGACCUUGCAAUAGUUGG